GCGGGCUCGAGAAGACAAAUAGGGCGGGAAGAUGGCGUCCACCGCCGCCGCUUCCACCUCCGCUUCGCGCUCGGGCAACUCCGGCACCGCUAGAAUCACCACAACCGCUGCGACAUUGUCCUCCGACAAUCAAUCACUCGUCGCUGAGAUCCGGAAGGCAAUAGGUAUGAUCAAAGCCGUCGCCGUUGAUCUGGAAAAGGACCAGCAAUCUGAUAAGGUGAAUCAAUUGGAAGAUGCAGUCUUGGAGCUUCUGGCGACGUAUGACGAUUGCACCAGUUUCUCGGACGCCAUUCAGCAGGUCGGAAGCCGGUAUCAACCCAGUGAUCAGGUGACGGAUUUUAAGAAGUUGCUGGAGGAUGAGGCUGCGAGGCUCAAGGCCGCGUCGCAGAGUGCUCCCCAGAGUAAUCCUCUCUAUAGGCAGUUCAAGGAGGCUGUUUGGAAUGUUCACCAUGCAGGACAACCAAUGCCAGGUGAAGAGCAGGAAGAUAUUGUCAUGACCACCACUCAGACAACGUUGAAAAAUUUCACAUGCCCAAUAACUGGAAAGCCUGUCAUCAAUCUGCAAAAUCCUGUUCGCGGUAUGGAUUGCAGGCACAUUUAUGAAAAAGAUGCAAUAAUGCAUCACAUUAGAACAAAAAAUACAUGCCCUGUUGCAGGCUGCCCUAAGAUUUUACAAGCAGGAAGGAUUCUCUGUGAUCAUUUGCUUCUCAUCGAGAUCGAUGAGCUUCGUUCAGCUCAAAACACCGCAGUAGAUGCCACUGUGGUCGAAGAUUUCACUGAACUUGACGAUGAUGAAUGAAGAGAAAUUAAAAAUUGAUUAAUUAGUUACUCUUCUUUCAAAAUGAGACAAUGAGAACACUGUUAAGUCUGUAACAAUGAGAACACCCUAAUAAUAUUAUGUAGUAAUUA